AUGUUCCAAGUUAUCUCAUUAAUUUUGGAUUGCGUGGCAAUCCUUUAUCAAAAGCGAUAUAACAGAUUACAUCGAUCCAUAUAUGGCCUUUCUUACGACAUGUAUGUGCUUAAUCUAUUCUCCUGUUGCAUAUCUAUUUACUGUACAUUACAGUACAUGUUUUCUCCGCUAGUUCGCAAUCAGCUUUCCAGAAGGUUUCCUUUGUUUUAUCCUCGAGACGAGACAAAGGUUCCCAUUUCGGUAGGGCUGCUGAUUGCAGAGUUUAUGAAUGUCUUCUGCGUCUGCCUUGUUUUGAAACAGCUUAUAAGAUACCGCUCAACGCAACACAUACACCAAGGAUUGUCUAUUAUUUGUGUCUUUGUCCUUCUUUUUGCCAUUUCUUUUAGCAUUUUUACAUUUGCUUGCUCUUCUCUUUAUCUGCCCGAUCAAGACAUGGGCAGGUUCGGCAUAUUCUACCUGGAGCAUAUAAAUUACUUGUGGAUGAUUGGGAAUUUCUUAUCGGCUUUUCACAUAGUGCCGCAGGUAACCUUAAAUUGGAUGGGCUCUUGCACACAAGGUGUCUCCUCAAAGUUCGUCGUACUGAGUAUGCUUUCAGUGCUUACAGCUAUUAUAGGAAAUAUGCUAGCAGGUCCAAAAAUAUUCUACAAGAUACCCUUUAACCACAUCCCAAUUUUCAGGUCACUAAGUCAACUGAUUUUUCUUUCCAUCAUCCUAUAUCAAGCCCAGUUCGCAUAUCUCGGCAGAAAGCCCAUUCUACCGAAAAAAAACACUGAUUAA